AUUUGGGUGAAAGCGACUGGGGUUUCUCAUGCAAAAACUACACCUUUCCAUUACCAGGAAAAUGAAUGGCGUAUAUAACGGGAUUGGUGGUGGUGGUGGCAGCCCCUGAAUAGCCGGUUGUUAAAUCGAUGGGUAAAAGAACCUUCUCUUAAGUGCCAACCUCACAUAAUUCGCCAUGGACUUUGAGGACGACAUGGGAUCAAUCGAGGAUUUUAACCAAGAAAUGGACCAUGUCUACGAGCUUUUAAAUAAGUUGGAAAGCAAGGACAAAGACGAAGCUGAGGAAGCCAAGCGAAAAGUCGACGCCUACAUCGAGAAACGGGAACGCAAGAAUAAGGCCAUCCAUGGGUGUGUCACGAAAACAUCGCGGACCGUAAUCAACAACAAAGAAGUCGAAGAGGAUAGGCGGAAGAAAAAAAGUGACAACUUGAAGCGUCAAGGCAAUCAGGCCUUUCAAGAGGAACAUUUUGAGAAGGCUGUGGAAUACUACACCAGCGCUAUUUUAGAAUUUGAUUCCAAUCCAGUGUUGUUCACGAAUCGGGCUCAAGCACGAAUCCGAUUGAAGCAAUUCGACCAAGCUAUAACCGAUUGCAAAGAGGCUAUAAAGCUAAAUCCCAAAUCUAUCAAAGCUCAAGUUCAUUUGGCUAAGGCCUUACAUGGUAAAGGAGAACUUCAGAAGGCCAUUGAUAUUCUAGAGAUUGCCGAAGAAUGUUCCAAGGAGCAUACCGACGUUAUAGCCAAGUACAAGAUGGACAUCAUCACCGAUAUGAAGAAAACGCUUUUGAAUACAGUUUAGUUACCUUAGUUCUAUCUUGAUCAUUUCAUACAAAUAAAUCACAA